AUGUCACCAGCCACUGCCAUACAUAUACUGGGGAGCUCCCAUGAUUUCCGUGAGACAGAUGAGUCCAGCCAAAGAGGACUUACAUGGCAAUCACCACUUGCAACAUUGGAUGCAUUCUCUGGGCCAUAUUUCUUCGUCUUGGAUGAAAUGCACAGUAUUUGCCAUGGUGUAGCAAAACAGGUCUGGGGGCUCGUCACUGGCAAGUACAGAAAAAAGCAUCUGCUUGUUCUCUCUGUUGAAGUUCAGAAAGAGAUAGGUGCAGCAAUGGCAUUGACAAGGAAAACAAUCCCAACAUCAUUCUAUGGUGCUUGGAGAGAUAUAUCAAAGAAUGCAAGAUACUUUAAGGCAGUAGACUGGGCAGACUUCUUUCUGUUCAUUGUUCCGACUCUAGUAGCAGAGCAGAUAAGAAAUAUACCUGCACAGAAGACAUUGCUUGGCCUUGUACAAGUGUGCAAUUUACUCAUGAGCUGGGAAGAACUUGUUGAAUGGAAUGUGUAUCUUGAGACUCUGCUUGCCAAGAACAAGAUCGAUCUUAAGGUUUUCACCAUUAACCAGCACCUCUUACAAAACUACCCAGAUAUGAUCAAAUCAUUUGGCCUGCCAAGAUCAUACAGUACUAGAUCAGUAGAAAGAGCAAUCAGCAAGUACUCUAAUGUCAUUAAGAGUAACUCUGCCACUGGAACCAAUACUGGCAAUAUCAUGCUUGGCUUGACACAGACCAGACAGGUAGAGCGCACAAAGGCAAAGAUAGCAGCAAGACUUCUUGCAUACAAAGAUUCCUCUGCUGGUUGGCCAAUGACAGGUGAAGGUGAACGUGUUGGUGCUGGGUCUUAUAUUGAGUUCUGGGGGCCUUUGAGGAAUAGAACGAUUUGA